AUGCUUAUUAUAUGGUCAGUUGUACAAUUAAUUGGAGUUGGAGUUUCAACAGAGAUUACUGUUAAGAAAUUCUUCGCUAAUCCCGGAUUAGCUAACGUUAACAAUGUGCUUACAUUCUCAAUAAUUAUGCUUACACAUGCAGUCACAAUUGUUGAGUCUUUAAUAGUUCGAAGUAACUUUAUUCAUAUUUGGAAAAAUGUAGCGUCAGCAGAUGAAUUAAUCAAAGGUAUGGUCAGCGACUUUAAUGAAAUUAUAAUGAAAUUCUACAAGAACAUCUCAAUAAGACUCACUGGCUACAUACUAAUGACGAUAUUGUUGGAACUUGGUGUAAUUAUCAGAAUUGCAGAUGAUGAAGACUGGACAUAUAUGUGGUGCAUUUGUAUUCUAUCAUUGACAAUUAGUCGUUUUCGACAUUUACAGCACUCCUUAUUUAUUAAUGUGCUCUCAUGCCGCUUUAGAAUCAUAAAAAAUGAACUAGAGGACAUUGUAAAGUUAACAAAGUUGGAAGGCAAUCAACUAAUUGUAAAGAACUCUACAUUUUAUGAUGGCCUUUUUGAUAAAAUAAGUUCCAUAAAAAAGGUCUACAAUAUUUUAUGGGAAACAUCAUUGCUGAUAAAUAGGAGCUUCGGAUUCUCUCAACUUGCAAAUUUAUUGCAGAAUUUUAUACAUUUGACGUGUCUGCUCUAUUCAACAUACUCCUUUCUGUAUUAUAACAAUUUCGAAGAUUUAUUAGAACUUGUAUUCGAGAUCAUCCCAAUCUUAACUGUCGUUAUAAUGGUCCUAAAGUCAUGUGAAGUAUGUUUGGAAGAAGUCCGAUAUAUCGGCUUUUUGUUGCAUAAUAUUGAAAAAGAUAUUGACGAUGAACGAAUCAAUACCUUAACGGAAAACUUUUCUCUUCAAAUUCUCCAUGAGCCAUUAAUAUUUUCGGUAUCUGGAUUCUUUGAAAUGGAUUUUAUGUUCCUUAAGACAAUGAUUGCAAGCAUUACAACGUAUAUGGUAAUUUUUAUACAAUUUAUGCCAAAAACAGAUGAGCCUUCUUCAAAUUCCACGAACAUCACAACAUUGUCGGCAAAUCUGACAAGCACAACACCGAAAAUAACAACUACAACAACGGCAGUUGCUUUAAUUCCGAGUAAAAUUUCUUAA